AUGUGUCAUCUCAAACUUACAGCACAACAACACACUGAUACCUCAGCUGGAUCUUCUGACCCAUUCGGGUCAAAACAACACUCGAUACCUGCACAAGCUUCAUUGACAGACUCAUAAAGACAUCAAGAGGUGGACCCAGCCCCUCGCACAAGGUUUAUGCCGUAGUAUCCGCAGGUUUGGGUCUGGUUCCGUCCGAAUCAUGUCCUGUUGUCUGCUGGAGUUCGGUCGGGUCCAGGAGCUCAGACAGGUGCGAGACUUUCUAUUCCCCAAACAGAACCAAUCCGGUCCGGAGGAAAAGAAAGCACAAGCAGGUACUGUUGCAGAGAAUGAGUUGACGUGGGAUGACUCGGACUGGGACUCCUGGGAGAAUCCUGACAGUAAAGAGGAUGGAAGUCAGGCUGAGGAGGAGGAACAGCAGCAAAGCUCCCCCUGGCUACAGGACUGUGUGUUGUCUCUCUCCCCCUGCUCGGAUCUACUGGUCAUCGCUCGAGAACAUAAAGCCGGUUUUCUCUCUGCUAAGUGGCGGACAGAUGAGAGUGGGCAAGAGGAGAUGGCCCUCACUGUGUCCUGGAGUGGAACGCUGAGCGCCGAGGAAGGGGAGUGUAUUAGUAGUGUUAUCUGUAUUCCAUUGGCCAGCCAGAAGAGGAGUUCUACCGGCCGCCCGGAUUGGACCUGUAUUGUUAUAGGAUUUACCUCAGGUUAUGUCCGUUUCUACACAGAGAGUGGUGUUCUCCUGUUAGCUCAGCUCUUGCAUGAAGACCCUGUACUGCGACUCAAAUGUCGUACUUAUGAGAUUCCACGACACCCUGGAGUCACUGAGCAGCAUGAGGAGCUGAGUAUUUUGUACCCAGCAGCUCUGGUAACCAUCGAUGGCUUUAGUCUCUUCCAGUCUUUACGUGCAUGUCGAAACCAGGUUGCCAGAGCUGCAGCAGCAGGAAGUGAUGUCAUUCAGCCUCCACCACUGGCCUAUAAGAAAUUUGGGCUACAGGACAUGGACACAAUUACAGACCAUUGCAGCUUAGGCAUUACGACUCUGAGUGUGUUUGAUCAGAUGAAAAAUGCUUCUAUCUUAGGGGGAUUUCAUGCUUCAGUUAAAGGAAGCCCUCCUGCCAUGAGUCACUAUAUUACAGUGGGAGGAGGGCCUUAUACUGGCUUUUAUUAUGCUAUAGAGGGCAGUUCUCAGCCUCUUCUCUCCCAUGUGGCUCUUGCUGUGGCCAGUAAACUCACAUCAGCUUUGUUCAGUGCUGCAAGUGGUUGGUUGGGGUGGAAGAGUAAAAAUGAGGAGGAGUCAGUGCAGAAACAGAAGCCAAAGGUGGAGCCGGCCACACCCCUUCCUGUUAGAUUUGGUCUUCCUGAUUCUCGUCGACAUGGCGAGUCUAUCUGUCUUUCUCCAUGUAACACUAUGGCUGGAGUCACAGACGACUUUGGCAGAGUCACGUUGCUAGAUGUGGCACGAGGCAUCGCUAUCAGGAUGUGGAAGGGCUAUCGUGAUGCUCAGCUUGGGUGGGUUCAGGUAUCAGAGGCUUUUGGAGAAAGAGAUACAGCCACUUCUCCCUCCAUGCCCCGCCGCCAUGCCCAGUUUCUUGUGAUUUAUGCCCCACGGAGAGGCAUUUUAGAGGUUUGGGGAACUCAGCAUGGACCUCGUGUGGGGGCUUUCACUGUAGGCAAACACUGCAGGCUGCUGUAUGCGGGUCACAGGUUAAUGGGUGUGAACAGUGUAACCAGUCAGGGUUGGCAGAUACACACACAACAGGUGUGUCUGUUUGACCUUGUCAGUGGAGCUCUGAGAGCCAUCACCAUACCAUUCCACCUGGCACUCAGUGAUAAGAAGAGCGAGCGUGCUAAAGACAUGCACCUGCUGAGGAGACUCACCUCUCUACUCAGGAGCAGGGAAGUGGAGCCAGCUCUGCUUGAGAGUGAAGCACAAAGCGUGUUACUGGACAUUAAACAUCCAGCUCUUAAAAAACAGGCCUUGGAGUCACUGUUGUCCAAUAAGAAUGCACCAGUGUCUUGUUUGACCGGUGUUACUCGUGCAUUAUUGGACAGCUUGAAAGAACAAGAUCCUGAAGCCGUGGAUGAGUCUUUGUUGCAGUUCUGCUCAUCACAGCUCAAACUGCUUCAACUCUACAAAGAUGUCCAACUACUGCACACACCAGAUACAUCACCCACUGAAACUGAACAUCUAUCAUUGUCUGGCAUCGAGGAGGAUCUGGCUCGAGUUAGGCCAGUCUUGCAGCGAUACACAGAGAUGAACUCUCGGCCCUCUGUCUCAUUUGCUCAAGACUCUGGUGGUCCGCUGCCAGUCCGAACAUUUCUGUCUCAGUUGGAUUGGGUGAAUGGAGAGCUCAAAGUGAUCAAACAGCCAAACAUGGACUGGACCCAACUGGGUAGUUUUCUGUUCUGGGGUUGUCUUUCUGGUCAGAGUGUAUUACAGAGAGUGUGUGAGACUUUGCAGGAAAGUGGCAUCAGUCCUCAACAACUACUGUCUUUGCUCUUAUCUGUUUGGCUGAAUAGAGAGAAGGAGAUACUAAAGUGCUCAGAUGCUGUCUCAAACCUGCACACAUUGCUGUCCACGCUUAGUUCAAUGAAAGGAGCGGUGGAGGAGUCAUGGGACGGACAGUGUGUCUCUACCUGGUGGCAGCAGGUGCGCACGACAUGUGUUCAGUCUGAGAGUGCAGCCGCUGCACUACUGGCUGCUCUAGUCGCUCAACGUGUAGCCAAGAGUGCCAUCACCAAACUGGCUGAGAGCAAGUUUCAGGAGGAGUGGGAGUGUGUAUCUCUGGAGUUGGAGCAGUGGGUGUUGUGUAUAAAGCAGUUGGAGGAUGUUCUUGCUCUGCAGACGCUGCUCUGCCUGCCGCCUCCUCAGGGCUCUACAGGGGGUGCUGUUUCUCGCUGCUCUGUCAAAACACUGUUAGAAAGUGGCAGAGGGGGUGUAGCAGACUGUGUUUCUAAGUUGAUCUUCAGGCAGGGCAUGCCUCCAGACCUCCUGAGAGAUAUUCUACAGCGGAGGAGGAAGAAUCAGACCACAGAACAGCCACUACAGCAAGGAGAGGAGGAGAGACUGGAGGAGCUGCUGGAGUGUGUGUGUCAGCGAUUCCCAAACUCUCUCUCUCUUGAUGUGCUGUUUGCUCACUGUAGCUGGGAACAUGUGGUCCAGUGGAACAAAGACCCAGAGGUGGGGCAGUAUUUAGAGCGGUCGGUGGAAUUUUUAAAGAUGAUCUCCAACCCUCACAUCCAGUUGGGUAUUUCUGCCAUGAUGUGGCACACCUUCAUUGUAAAGCGGUUUUCAGCUGCUGCCUUCCUAAUGGAAAAGGUGGGGAAGGCACCCAAAGACCGACUGUGCAGACGGGAUGUAGGAAUGGGAGAUGCAGCUGUGAGGAGUUUCCUGGGCUCCUGUGUGCAGUUACUCCAGGCUCUGAUGGAGGUCUCCUCUUCUUCUUUUCUUCCUUUUUUUUCUUUUUUCUCCAGAGCGGAUUCUGGGGUGGAGGAUGUGUCUGCUCCAGACAUGUGUGUAGAGGAAGUAUGGAACAGUGCUGAGGGUCCAGUCUCUAUAGUAGAGUUAGCAAUGGAUCAGAGAUCUGUUCACUAUCCUCUGGUCCAACAUCAUUGCGUGUUAGCAUCGCUGCUGCAUGCCGCCAUGACCUUCUCUCUGCGCCUUAAACCACUCAGUCUGUUCGACAGCAAGGGCAAGAAUGCAUUCUUCAGAGAUUUGAUCUCCAUUCAGUUGCUGCCCAGUGGCGACAUGGACCCCAACCUGGUGGCUGUGAGACAAGAGUUUUUGAUGAAUGUAUUAACAGGCUGGGUAAAGGCUCUAGCAGAUGCUGAGGAGAAUGGUGUCAAGCACAGCGGCACUGAAGACACGUGGCCAUCUGUAUGUAUGGAGCUCACGUCUCUACUGCAGGUCAAUACUGAUAUACUGCGCAGACACCUCGUCUGUGAGCUUUACAACCAGGGCCUGGACCUACGGGCAGAGGAGGUGAUCAUGGAGGUGGAGGAUAAGGAUGUUUUGGGCUCUCAGCUCCUGGUUUUGAUGGGUCAGAGGCUCUCUUUCUCUCUGCUCCACUCACAGUCACAGACCAAACCCAACAUGGAGCUGCUGGCCCGUCUGCCACCCACCCUAUGCACCUGGCUGAAAGCUAUGAACCCCAGUGAGCUGCGCUGUCCUUCGGUACCUUUGUCUCAGAGCAGUCGACUGAUCAACAAAGUCAUUGAGAUGCUACCAGAAAACCAUACGCAGUACAGCUUUGCCCUAAACCUGCUGGAGGCUGUGGACUCUUUACAGGCAGAGCCCUGAUAUGGAGAGAAUAACAUGUUUCAUUUUUUUUUUAUAUAUAAACCAGACUAAAAUCCAUCAUCAUCAUUAGUAAUCUCCCUUAUUUCGCAGGGUUACAAUUUUUCCUCCCAGCUAUCACAAAAAAACAUUAUUCCAGACACUAGCACCUCUUGUGGUUGUGCUGUCCCACAAUGCCCCAUGCAGCUUGGACAUGCUAGGGGGUGUGGUCAGGGGUAAAGAACCUGAAGUCUCUGCCCAAAAGAGUAUUAUAAGAUUUAAAACAAUGUUCAGUAGUGUACAUGUAAUUAAAUGAGACUGGGGAAGGUUUUAAAGAAUAUUGUGCUAUAAUUAAUAUAAUCAAAAUAUUACAGUAGAAUUAGAGUGUGGGGGGGGGGGGGGGUAUAUUUUGUAUUUCAAAUUGUAGAUGUUCUAAUUGUACAUCUAUCCUGCCAAUGAAAAAUAUGUAUGAAAUGUCUCAUGCUGUUUAUUAGUAAACAAGCACUAAAUAUCUGUCACCUUUUAUUGUACUUUCCAACUGUACUGAACUGUUUCUAUCUUAAGUCAGUAGAGAUGAGAGAUUUUAUGCAGUCCUGUACCAGCUGUGCCUGGCUGCUGAGAUAAUACAAAGGUAACCAUGAUACCAAAAAUAAAGACAAUUUUCAAGAUGUAU